CCGCUGUUAUUGCUACUUCACCCAACUCUGACCUCAUCUCUCCCUUUUCCCGCCAUCGGAGAUGCCCUUCCCACUUGACCCAACCACAGCAACAGUCUCUUGGUUGAUGGGGCGUCAUGGAUGAAACUAUUGCGGAGCCCAUCGUCAAUCGCGAUGAGCCUAUACCUGUCAUAUUUUCCGACAAGCAGAAACAUGAUACAAAGCACCCGAAGCCCGGGGGACACAAGCGAUCAGCCUCGAGCGUCGGGCGAUCUCUGCAGGACAGGCUAUUUUCCAAGAUUCUGGAGCAGGUAGUGCCCACAGAAGAUGCCGAUAAGGAAUCAUGGUCAGGCGGCGACAAGGCCUUCGCGGAAGACCCCAAGCGGCCAGCAUUCAGUCUACCUCUCAUGGCAAACAACUUUCGCAGAUUCAAUGCAAGAAUUGGGAUUGUCUUUACUUUUCAGAUCCAGGUUGAGCGUCUGUUCAGUUGGAAGAAAGCCUCCCACACCCUUUCAUUUCUCUUCAUCUAUUCUUUCAUCUGCCUAAACCCACACCUCUUUGUGUUGGUGCCGAUAUCUAUCCUCCUGUUCUUCAUCAUGGUGCCUGCAUUCCUCGCACGUCAUCCUCCGCCCCCUUCAACAUCCACCUCGAGCAUCAUGCCUUACUAUUCGUAUGACGGCCCGGCACUGGCACCCGCGAAGACCAUCAAGCCGGCCUCGGAGACCUCAAAGGACUUCUUCAGGAAUAUGCGAGACCUGCAAAAUUGCAUGGCGGACUUUUCGGAUGCGCACGAUGCUAUGGUGUCCGCCUUCGCACCUGUGACUAAUUUCUCAGAUGAGAAGCUCUCGUCAGCAGUGUUCCUAUUAUGUCUUCUCGUUGCAGCUCUUCUAUUUCUGACCGCACAUCUUGUACCUUGGGGCUUUGUCUUCUUGGUGGGUGGCAAUCUGGCUGUGCUCUCACUGUACCCAGGCUUCCAGGAUUUCUUCCAAGCCAUCACAGCAGAUAUGUCCCAGCAACCGUCGAGCCCAGGGUCGUUGGCCGAAAAACAGCUCCGAAGUGCAGCGACGGCUGCUGGGGUCCCGCUACCCGCUUCUUCCUCCGGGGCCAUGUCGCUGAUGCGCUCGCUGGCUAAUAUCUCCCUGGAUUCUGACACCGAAGAACGUGAGGUUGAGAUAUUUGAGAUUCAGUAUCGCUCUUUGGCUCCAUACUCUGAAUCCCAAUGGGAUCAUGUCUUAUUCAGUCCCAUGCCGUAUGACCCACUCUCGCCGCUUCGCAUCGCGGGCGACCGUCCCAAGGGGUGUCGGUUCUUCGAGGACGUUCAGCCCCCAAGCGGCUGGGCAUGGAAGAGCAAGAAGUGGGAGCUGGAUCUCGAUUGCCGUGAGUGGGUGGUUGAGCGCAUGAUCACAGGGGUGGGCUUCGAGGUACCCGGGAGCCCCUCUGAAGACCAAGCAGUUAGUGGAGAGAUUGGCGGCUGGGUCUGGGACCUACCUCCUGCUUUCGUGGCGGACGACGGUGGUGUGGCGGCUGGGUUAGGAAUCGAUGCCUUUCACGAUUCCGCCAGCGACAGGAAAACGCCUACGAAGAAGAAAGGAAAGGAGCGAGCUUCCCAGGAUUAUGAGGAGAGAGGCAAUACAGGAGGGAUGGGCGAGUGGAGGAGACGACGAUGGAUUCGUAUCGUACACAGGACUAACAUGGAAGAUGGAUCUCUCAGCUCCUGCCAUUGGCUAUGGGACUCCCAUUAUGCGCGACCGUCACUAUGUGCAUUGCAGUAUUUAUCUCUCGCACCAGCAAUAGUCGUUCUGGUCGUCACACUGGGCCACAUACCGUCUGCAGGACUGCGAGGUAAACGUCCAAAAUGGACAGUGCCCUUCGUUCAAGAGCAGCCAGCAUCAAUUGAGCUCCCCAUAGAACGACCACAGCAACGGCUCGGAUGGGUUGCAGCGUUAUUCACCAUCUCGGUGGUUGGUUUUCUAGCUGACCUAACCAACGUCAUUCUCAUUGGACCCAUCACAAGCAUUGCAUUAGUCGUAUCCUGGGCUGUGGCUGCUGUCAUGAUAGCCGUGGUGCGGCCGAGAUCGUGCCCUACGUCUCUGCUCGCCUUCUUCCUAAGUGCAUUGAUCGUGGAAUCUGCAUUCGUCAUCAAUCAUGAUGUAUAUCAAACCUCCAAACUGUUCACCCGCCAUGUGGCUGCUACUGCUGCCUUGGCCGGGUGUAUGGUCAUCCUGGCAAUGCCCUUUCGCAGCCAUUUGCUCCCGCAGGGCGAUAUCAGUGCCGUUGGCCAAUCGCCAUCGAGCGACUACCGCAGUCCCGAAGACAAUCUGCGGCUUUGGCAAUUCCUCAGCGUGUCCUGGAUGGCUCCCCUGAUCUCUGUAGGCAAGAAUAAGCAGUUGCAGGAGGAAGACGUCUGGUUCUUGGGACACGAGUUCCAGCAUCGCAAGUUACAUGAAAAGUUUCGCCAAUUGAGAGGAUCCGUUCUUGGACGUUUGCUCCAGGCGAAUGGGAUCGAUGUGCUGAUAAUAACUACGAUCUCUAUUGUCCAAAUGCUUUGCGACUUCUCGACCCCUGUCUUGCUCCAACAAUUGUUGCAGGCGAUGAAGGAUCGGGGGACGUCCAAUAGGCCGGCCUUGACCUAUGCGUUGCUCAGUUUGUUACUUCGUCUAGUGCUAGCGCAGGCGCAAGUUCUCAACCUGUGGUACGGUAGACGUGCCUAUGAACGGAGUAGAGGAGAGAUGAUUAUGAUGGUCUAUGAAAAGGCGCUUUCAAGAAAGAAUGUCUUUGACCAGCAAAUCAGCGAUAAGGAAGAAGGUACUGAGCCCGCUGAAGAAGGCAAUGACGAGACAUAUUCGGAUCGCAAACCAAGCAGGUGGUGGUGGCCCUUCUCGCGCUCUCAGAAGGUUUCGCCCAAGGAGAAGGUUAAGAAAACAGCAUCUAUGGGCAAGAUAUUCAACUUGCUACGUGGGGAUGUCUACGAAGUAGCCCAACGAUUCUGGGAAAUCGACUCACUGAUCGACAAACCGCUGGGGCUUGUCAUCGCGACUGUUCUCGUCUGGAAAUUACUUGGUCCGUCGUGCUUCUUGGGCGUUGUAGCCAUUUUGGUUGCACAGACGCUCAACGUGUUUAUCACUCGUACGCUUCUGCAGUGGGAGCGUGUUCGUCGCCUGGCAACAGAUACUCGGCUCCAAAUAUCUUCUCAGUUUGUGGAAGCUCUGCGCCAUCUACGCUGGUACGGCUGGCAGAGUCAUUGGCUUCGUCAGGUCAUGGACGCAAGGCAGUCUGAGCUGAACCUUUGGAUCAUUACCAGUUUGUGGAAUGUGUUGAUCCGGUUCAUCAACACCCUCGCUAGUGGCUUGUUCCCUGUUGUCGCGUUAUAUGCUUACACCUAUCUGGCUGGAAACCCAUUGCGCAUCGACAUCAUAUUUCCUGCUCUCCAGCUGUUCACGAUGUUGGAGACCCGAUUGAGAGAUAUUCCAAGUCUUAUCACUGUGCUCAUAAACGCCUCAAUUGCUAUGGAGAGAAUUGAGGACUUCAUGGCCGAGCCUGACAAAGAGACAACGCCUGCUGCUGAUGACUUUCCCUCUGCGAUCAAACUGGACUCAUGCACUUUUGCCUGGCCCGGGAGAACAGUGCCCGUGCUUUCAAAUGUCAAUUUGGAUGUGCCUCAGGGGUUAACUGUCGUGCACGGCAAGGUGGGCUCUGGAAAGACAGCCUUGCUCCAGGCCCUGCUUGGGGAGUUGGAUAGACUCGAGGGAGCCUCUCGCCUUCCCAACGAGAUGGUAGGGUUCUGUGCCCAAACACCAUGGCUACAGAGCAUGAGUAUCCGGGACAACAUUUUGUUUUCUUCGCCUUAUGAUGAGCAACGCUAUAAGCUGGUGCUAGAUGCUUGUGCCCUUAUACCAGAUCUCUCCAACUUCAAGCAUGGCGAUCUGUCCUUUGUCGGUGAGAACGGCAUCGGUCUCUCUGGGGGUCAAAAGGCACGGGUAGCUCUGGCACGAGCAAUGUAUAGCUCGGCUAGGUUGCUGCUUCUCGAUGACCCGCUAUCAGCGUUAGACCACAACACGGCAGAGGCCGUUGUUCGCAAAUGCUUCUUGGGACCGCUAAUGCGCAACCGGACUGUAGUUCUUGUCACCCACAGAACACACCUGGUCGGCCAUAUUGCCGAUCAGAUAGUCCACAUUGAGAACGGGCGGGCCACGGUAGAGGUCAAGCAAAAUGGACCAGCUCAUAACAGUGAGGGCUCGGAAAGUGAGCCAUCUGAGAGCACAGACACUGCCAUUGAAGGUGACGUUGCUCUCGAGGAUGCCACUGCUGUGGUUCCCACGAAGUUCAUAGAAGAGGAACAUCGAGCAGAAUGGGGGGUGCAAGCGCGGGUCUACUGGAAAUACAUCAAAGCUGGCAAGUAUAGGUGGUGGCUCGCCCUCUUCAUAGUUCUCACCAUCUACCGGCUAUCUUCCGUUGGCCAAUCAUGGUUUCUCAAGGAGUGGGGAGAGGCAUACAAGCAGAUACUACUGUUCUUCGGAAGCUCGAAUCUCAAACGCAUAUCUCCGGUUGGCGAACUGACUACGGCAUCAGCUAUUGCGAACAACAUUCACUGGGUCCCUCAAAACCCACUGAAUGAGCUCCCUGCGCCAGAGGACAACGUCAAACCCUGGCUGGUAGCAUUCCUGAUUAUCACCAGCUUUCAGUCCCUGAUGCUUCUACUGGCGCAACUUCUGAUGCUUGUGAUUGUCUACUGUGCAGGUCGGACGCUCUUCCAGGAGGUGAUGGUGCGAGUGAGCAAUGCCACUUUCCGGUUCUUCGACGUUACUCCCGUUGGUCGACUGAUGAACCGACUGACCUCGGACAUUGGAGUAGUCGACGGAAACAUAAGCGAGCAAUUCCAAAUGAUCGCCUUCCAAGCCAUCACCUGGGUAUCUUCGAUUGCCGUUAUCGCAACAGUAACACCGACCUUCCUCGUAUUCUCGCUCCUGCUUACGGCAGCAUUUGUCCUCAUCUUCCUACGCUUCCUCCCUACAUCACAGAGCCUGCGACGUCUGGAGAUGGUAUCACUGAGUCCUCUGAUUUCCAACUUCGGAGAGCUGCUCCAUGGCCUGACCACAGUCCGCGCAUUCCACGCCGAGGGACGCUUCCAAGACCGGGUCAUCGCCGUGGUAGACAAGUUCCAGGGCAUGGACCACUUCUACUGGUCACUCCAAAGCUGGCUGAUGUACCGAUUCGAGAGCCUCUCGGCCGUCUCCACAUUCUGUCUGACCGUCCUCGCACUCUACACAAGCGUCAGUCCGGGCCUGGCAGCAUUCGUGCUCAUCGCCGCGAACAACUUCGUCACCUCGACCCACGCGCUCUGCAAACAAUACGGCCAGCUGCAGAUGGACUUCGUGUCCGUCGAGCGGGUGGACGAACUGCUGCACGUCGAGCAAGAAUCGCCGGGCACAGUUGACCCGCCAGCUUCGUGGCCCAAAUUCGGCCGGGACAUCGUCUUCGACGACGUGACGAUCCGCUACGCGCCCCACCUCGACCCGUCCCUCAAGAACAUCAGCCUGCGCAUCCCCGGCGGCAGCACCACAGCCAUCAUGGGCCGCACGGGCAGCGGCAAGUCGACGCUGGCGGUGUCGAUGCUCAGCGUCGUCCGGCCGGAGUCCGGCCGCAUCCUCGUCGACGGGCUGGACAUCGCACAGGUCAACACGCAGGCCCUCCGAUCCCGCGUCACAUUCGUCGCGCAGGACCCCGUCCUGUUCCCCGGCAGCAUUCGGCUAAAUAUCGAUCCGACAGGCGAGUACUCCGAUGCAGAGUGCUCGGAGGUGCUGAAGCGCGUUUGCAGCCGCCACGGUUGGAGUCUCGAGACCCACGUCGAAGCCGGAGGCCGGAACCUGAGCCAGGGCGAGCGGCAGCUGAUCGGACUCUCCCGGGCGGUCCUGCGUCGAAGCCCGAUUGUCAUUCUGGAUGAGGCCACGGCGUCGAUUGACCAUGAGAGCUCGCUGGAGAUCCAGCAGAUCUUGAGGGAGGAGAUGAAGGAAUCUACGGUCGUGACGAUCGCGCAUCGGCUGGAGGCUAUCAAGGAUGCAGAUUACUACAUUGUGUUGGACCAGGGGGGCGUGGCGGAGCAGGGGUAUGUUCGAGAUAUGUAACAGAGGCUGUAGGCUUGGUGCUUGCUCGGUCUCUCUCUAGCGGGCGCUUACUCUAUAAACUUGGCUUGUAUUGCAG